UCCCGUCACAGUGGCGGGAGCCAGUGCUUGACGACAACCAACAAAUUGUUUACUAAAUACCCCACCUCAUCCAUUCAGUGAUCCGUGACCUCAUACCUUCUAAAAACCGUCAUCAUCUUCAAAAACCUCCACAAUGAUUACGGCGUUACCAGUGCCUUCGGUGAAGGUCUUCCACAAGACCUACUACCAUGAAAAAGGCCAGAGGAUUGGGAAUAGUCAGCCGGGAAGUCCCUUGACGGAUAACGAGGCUGCACUUGCCCUAAUGGAGAAGGAUGAGCUCGAGUACUACUUCUGUGGCAAGUCAAAUCUCGAAGAAACAUAAUCACACUCCUCACGUGCAUUUGAUGUUAGCAGUAUAAUUUAUGAAAUAAAAUACAGAAGUGGCAGUUAUUCUCAGUCAUAAUAAUUGAGAAUUAUUUUUUACAUUGAGGAAUAACAAGAAUUGCUCUGGAAUGCGAAGGGGAGAGAUUUUUGAAUGAUGAGCCAUGACGAUUCUGUUAUCAUUGGACCACAGGGGCAACUCGAGUGGUAUUUGUAAUUUUAAGAGAUGAUCAGAGAUGAAUUUUCCCUGAGAACGAAAUUACGAGACAUAUCUCAUUAAGUGAGAGAAGAGAUGAGAAAUAUUUUUUUAUCAACCGAGUGUUUACGAUCCAUGAAAAUAACAAGGUCCUUGGCAAGUAAUAUAUAUCAGUAAAUCGAGGUAGCAUUUCGUUGCUGUUUACCCCAAUUGAUUACGCAGUGAGAGGAAAGAUUAUUCAUGUGAGAAAAUUGACCACACGAUGCAUUUCAUUAAGGGAAAUCUAUUCUUUCGGGAUUGAUCCUAUCGAGUGGAUAAUUCUGCAGAGGAGUGACCAUCAAUAUUUAAUUUUCCACACCAUUCAGUAAUUUUUACGUUGAAAAUAAAAAAAUAAUUUGAAAUCAAUUGAAAUUUCACAUCUCAAAACUACAAUGAGACAUAUUCUCUUCCAACCUCUAAUUACCGAAAUUCAUUCUAAUUGACAUUCAUACAACUGCAGAAUUCCCCGGUACUUGAUAUUUUUUUUUCGAGCAAUCCUAGAGCCGUUCAUCUUACGGAGGCUUUAAAAUAAAAGGAUAAUAUUAAGCCAUUGAAUGCGCACACCUAGAUUUAAAUUUUUUAUAAUGGUGCUGAAUAAAAGAAAAAAAAAGAGAGUUAAAUUGUCAUGGCAAUUGAACUAAAUUAUGUACGCAAAGCAUUGAAUCUCGCUGCUGUCAGGACUAUUGAGCCCCAAAGUCUAUUGAAUUGUUGAAUUGUCUCUUGAAUUGUCUAAAGAUAUUUUACCUAUUGAAUUUAUCAAUGUAAUUUAUUGAAUCCUAUCACUUGCAAGGCAACUAGAACACCAGGUUUUCGAUAUCCAGCUGUUAACAUGUCAUGAAAUGAGUUAAUCCAGUAAACAAAUGUAUUUCAACAAUUAUACGCCACGCAUGCAAGUGAUUGUCAAAGAAGAAAGUCUAUUAACGCUUAGUGUAAAAUAAAACAAGUUGGAUACCAAAAUUCUACAUUAAAAAAUAAUUAAAUAGUAAUCCUUCGUAAUAAGUGAAUUUGAUCAAAAUGAAUUACUCGUUCAAUCGCUUUAAAAUUACCAUGUAUAUUUUAUAAGCAAGUAAUAUUAAUUAAAUAUUAAUUGAUUAUUAC